UUCGCACGCCUCUCGGCCAGAUCCGGUGCUUUCGAUUUUGUUUCCCGGAAGAAUUGAGCUGCGGGCGAUGUGACUGUCCGGAGCCGGGGCUUCGCUCUUUCUCCCUGUGACCUGAACGUGCCCCCCACCCCCCGGGUUAUUGGGGAGACCGUGGGAAGCCGACCAGACAACUUUAAUUUUGUUUUGGCUGCUUUGGAGUGGUGGGAGGGCCAUGACAGAGUGUGAGCAAGCUCCCCGGCUCAAGCAGGAGCAAGAAUGCACCAUGCCUCCCCACAGCUCGAUAAGGAUAUCCACUCCAGUUCAGUCCAGACCCGCCACUGCAGUCUACAGCUGUCCUCGGGACUAUCCCUGCCAUUUGCCCAACAAACUGAAAACCCAGCCAUCUCUCUGGAGCAAGACCGAUGUUGCACACUGGCUGAAGUGGGCAGAGAGAGAGUAUUCACUGCACUCUAUCGAAGAAACCAAGUUCGAAAUGAACGGAAAGGCACUUUGUCUGCUCACCAAGGAUGACUUCCGAUACCGCUCUCCCAGCGCAGGAGAUGUGCUAUAUGAAAUACUUCAGCAGUUUAAUCACAAAAGGAGCUUUGCACAGAGGAAUCCCUUCAUGAAUCCGCCUGCAGGACAGGCGAUGCGCACCCCUCACAUGACCCUACACAGCACCUUCGAAGGUAUCCAAGAACUUGCACCAAUGACCCCAUCAUCCAGAUAUGUAUCCAGUAGCUCCAGUGUAUUCCACUGUCUCUCCUCAACGGUCCAGCCAUCUGUUGGAAUCACAAGUAACCUCUUCAUGGACGACAGAGAGAAGAACAACACAGCGCCAAUUCAGAGGUUCCAGUUCCACACAGACUGGAGGGUGCCUCGAACUGUGAACACUGGGGUGAGCCGGAACCCACUGAGUGCGGUGUACUCGCCGGCACAGGUCUCCCCCAGCAAGCUGAACAACGCCGACCCGAGCAGGGGCAGCCACUGGGAAGAGCCACUGAACCUCUCAAGCAGGUCAGAGGUCACAAGGAAUUCCGUGGCUUGCUCAUUACCUCCUGCACAAGAAGCGUCCGCCAACGGGAGAAUUGCAGACUGCAGGCUGCUCUGGGAUUAUGUUUAUCAACUGCUCUCCGACAGUCGAUACCAAACAUACAUCAGGUGGGAAGAUAAGGAAUCCAAGGUUUUCCGUGUGGUGGAUCCCAAUGGACUGGCAAGUCUUUGGGGGAAUCACAAGAAUCGAGCAAAUAUGACUUACGAGAAGAUGUCAAGAGCUUUGCGCCACUACUAUAAACUAAACAUUAUCAAGAAGGAACCCGGCCAGAAGCUGCUGUUCAGGUUCCUGAAGACUCCGGAGGAAAUCAUCCAUAAGCCCGACAAGUUGGAGCAACUGGAAAUGCAGGAGCAGGAUGGAGCAGAUUUCAAAGAGGACACAUUUGAACUGUCACCAUGACAAUGAAAUGAAGAAGGCACUCUGCAGAACCCGGAACCCAACCAGUUCCUGCCACUCCUGAUGGACACCUGUCAAUCAUGGCUACACCAGCUCCAAAUAAACUCUUCUUUUCUCUCUCAAAUGGUACUAAUGUGAAGUUUUCCCUGCAAUGGGGGAUUGUGAUUUUUGUUUGUUAAUAUUAGCACUACAUUGGAUCUAUGCACUGGCAGAAUAUAAGUUAAAUUGAGAAAUUUGCUGUAACAUUUCUGAAGGGAAAUGGUGAAUAAAUUCUUAAUACUUUGUACCUUU